AUGGAGGAAGAUGAAGAAGAGGACAUCGAUGACAUAAUAGUAAAGAAAAUGGCCAAUGGUCUAUUCAAUGUUGUGAUUGGAGAAAGGGUACAGAGAGAGCUACGAAAGGAGUGGUGGGAGACCUUCAUUGUUAAACUCCUUGGAAGAAAGGUGUCAUUAGUAGUGCUAAAGAGGAGACUGGAGAUUAUGUGGGGAAAAAAUGGAAGCUUGGAUGUCAUUGACUUGGGCAACGAUUUUUUUCUGGUGAGAUUUUAUAACUCUGGUGAUUUGGAUUUCGCAUUAAUGGAAGGACCUUGGAAAAUCCUUGACCACUACCUGACUGUUCAAAUGUGGAAACCGGACUUUAAUCCUUCUACUGCCACCAUUGACAAAAUUGCUGCUUGGAUACACUUGCCAGAAUUGGCAAUAGAAUAUUACCAUAGAGCAAUCUUAGAAAAGAUUGCUAACAUUAUGGGGAGAAAGCUGAAGGUUGAUACCAAUACAGCGGAGGUUACUAGAGGAAAGUUUGCUAGGCUUUGUGCGGAAGUGGACCUAACACAGCCACUGGUCUCUCAAUACAUGAUCAAUGGGGUCUACUACACAAUUGAAUACGAAGGACUUCAUCAAGUCUGCUUUGAAUGUGGUAGAGUAGGUAUUGAAAAAUGGAUUUGCCCUGAAAAAAGAACACAUACGUCAGCAACACCAGAAAAUAGGGAGGAAGGAAGAAGAGCUCAGAUAGAAGGGACAAAGGCAGAUGAAGGGGGCAAUCCUGGAAAUUUAGCAAAAGGCAAGGGCAUAGUAGGAAAGGAUGGAGAUGGUGAUAUGUACAGACCGUGGACGAUCGUACAAAGACCAUUACGAGGAAGGCAGACUGGAAAAAUGGGGGAAGGUACAGUUAGUGGCAACACUUCAAAAGGGCAAGACAAGGAAAUGACUAAUAUAGGUAAUCAAUCUAGAUUUAUUGUUCUUCAGGAUUUAAAUCCAUAUUCUAGAAGCAUCCAAAACCAGAAUGACGUUGCCAACAAGGUAAAUGAGAAGAAAGACAAGGAAGUAGAGAAUAUAACUGUGCACCAAAAAGGAACCUACCUGACUAAACAACCUAAACAAAGUAAUAGGCAGACCACCCAGCCCAAUAACAAUAAACCAACCUAG